UUUGCUUUUAGAGAAUCUGAAAUUAAAUUUGAUUGCGAUUAGUAUCAUCAAGAAUUGGCACAAAUUUAUUUUGCAACCGAGAGUAAAAUCCCCUUAUUGAUAUGUUACUCUAAUUUUUUUUUGUUUUGUUUCAAAAUUAAAAAUUUUUAUUUCAACUCUGAACUCAACUCUUGCUAUCUUUUCAGAAGUAUUUAACGCGCAACUGAUGUUUUCAGCUCAGAACAUCAUAGCCUUGAAAACGCAAACGGAAACUCAACUCAAACAUACUCAUUCAAAUUGAAGUUUCGUAGACUUCUAUUUCUCUCAACCACACAAACUUAUCAACUUCAAAGUAUGUGAUUUUCUAGACCAGAUUACUGAGUGGUUUGACAUCACUGCAUAAGAGACAUACAGAAAACAAUCAUUACACUUGGUAACAGAAGUUAUGACAGCUGGCUCUUCAGAAAAUGAUCUCUCCUCGAUUCCAACCAUCGACGAAGUGUUUCUGGAACAGAAGUUCUCGACUCGCUACAAGGUGUUGAUGAUAACUUUGGGAUCUCUGGCUUCGACUUAUUGUGGCAUCUGGAUGAUAUCACCCGCCUUCUACCGGUUCACAGUGCCCUAUACUUGCAGUGACCAGGGUGGAAACAUGUCGCCAGUAUCGACUGAAACAGUCCAUACAUCACUGGACCAACAGGCUACAUGUGACAUCAGUGACACUUGUUCGGCCUGGGCUUUCAACUACUCAACGAUAGACCGAAAAACUUCAAUCCAGCAAUCAUUCGAGCUAGUUUGCGAUGACGAAAUCUACCUGAAGCUCCACGGCAGCAUGUACUUCCUCGGAAUGUGCUUCGGAUCCGUUCUCGGCGGCUACCUCAGCGACAGAAUGGGAAGGAAGAAGUUUUUUCAACUUUCUUGUAUCUUUGGGAUAAGUUUGUCAAUUUGGAUGGCUUUCAGUGAGUCACUUAUAGUCCAUUUGAUCUGCUUCUGUGCUGUCAGCGCUUUCGAGUUGGGCGCAGUCAUUUCAAUGUUCGCCCUAGUUGUCGAAGCCGGAUCGGCUAACUCCCGGUUCGCAGCAUCCCUACUUUCUGGUCUAUCUUUCACAGUUGGCGUUCCCCUAUGCGCGCCUCUGGCAAUGAUCUUUGAAAACUGGCGACAUCUAGUUCUGGCAAUCUCGUGUCUCAUCUUUCUCGGGCUGUUUGUAUCUCUGUUUAUAGACGAAAGCCCGCGGUGGUUAUGGGCCGAAGGAAGGUACGAAGAAGUGUUUGACUCUGUGAAAAAAGCCUAUCGACUCAAAAACGAAUCUGUUCCGCCCGAAACCAAAAAAGUUUUCGCGGCUCUUAUUUUGAAAGGAAAUGACAAAAAAGGCAUGAUUUCAUCUAUUACAAGAGACUUUAAAAACGUAUUUGGCUUACCGUGGUUCAAAGGCGCAGAAAACAAUGAGAAAAAAUAUUCGAAAGAAGAGAAUCCACAAUUUUCGACCAAGUCAAUCUGGCUUAUUUGGAAAUAUCCGACACUUUGCGUGCGACUGGUUAUUUUAACUCUUCAUUGGAUAUGUGUGAAUUCUUUAUACUAUGGGCUGACUUUCGGGGCCGAAAUGCUAGAGCAAAAUAUCUAUAUUUUCGUGGUCACUCAAGGGUUAUCGGGGUUGGUAGGAAACAUUUCUGGUUUUAUUUUUUUGAAAUAUUUCGGCCGGAAAACAAUUGCGGUGGCAGCUCUCGCCUUUUCGGCUUCUUGUUACCUAGCUUGCGCCUUUAUCUCGCUGUCAAACGUAGCAGUUAUCUUGGCUAUAACCUUUUCGGCCAGAGCAGCUUUGGAAUUGUUCUUUAUUCUAUGUUACCUUUGGACCGCAGACCUAAUGCCGACUGUAAUCCGAACUUCGGCUCUCGGGUUUGCGUCACUGGUGGCUCGGAUUUUUGGCCUGGCAUUACCAUUUGUGGAUUAUUUAGAACGAAUUCACAACUCGGGUCCACUUUUGUUCUUUGCGGUUUUCGGAUAUGCUGUGCUGAUGUCGACAUUUUUGCUUCCCGAAUCGAAAGGACAGCAGCUCCCGAACUCACUCGAAGAGGGAAACAACUUCGGGAGAAAGAAAAGCCAAAAUAAACUAGAAAUUCUUCGCACAAAGAUGGAUUGUGUAUCUGGCACAGAAGUUUGAUCAAUUAUAUCACAAAAAAGCUAUUUUUUAUACAUCAAAUUGUACAGCAUCAGAAUGCACACCUUUCUAACCAAUUAUUAUUCAGAUAGACAUCGAAAGUGUUUUAAUUGAUAUAACAGUUGUUGUGGAUCGGUGCCAAGCAAGAAAAAAACUACGAACAUUUUUGAUGAGACCGCU